CGCAACGACGUCUAUCCAUCUCUUCGCAUCUCUCAACAUCGACGUCUGUUCCCCCCUUCUCCCAGUUAGCUGUUUCACCUCCAAACGACACAUAUUGCACCCAUGGCAAACGUCAGCAUCAUAACGUCUCCAGAACAGUUCGAAGAGCUCAAGAAGACCUCCACUCUCCUCAUUAUCGAUUUUCAUGCCAUCUGGUGUGCCCCAUGUAAAAUCGUCAACCCGGUCUUCAUGAAGCUAGCCGAGAAGUUUGCGUCUCCCGGAAAAAUAGUCUUCGCAAAGUGUGAUGUCGAUGACAACCAACAGAUAUCCAAGGACCUUGAUGUUACAGUGAUGCCAUCCUUCCUUGUGUUCAACAAUGGAGCCCUGGUGGAGCGUGUCCAGGGCGCCAGGCCCAUGGUUCUCAGGACUACUCUUACCAAAUUGGUGGAGGGGGUUCAAGCCUCUGAUUCUGGAUCCUCUUCGGCUGCCGAAGGGCUUACCGCAUCCGAAACAAAACCUACCGCUACUAGCUCCACCUCCGCUGCCACUGCCUCCACUGCUGCUGGCACCACUUCUACCCCAGCCGUCAACACGUCGGACGAUAGCGAUGCGGGCUGGCUUGGCGCUGAAUUGCCGAAGCCGUACAGCGAUGUAACGGACCAGGUGAACCUCAAGCAGUUGGAUCUUCUCAACGCAAACUCCGAGUUCGGACCAGCCAAGACACUGUUUGACAUGAAGGCACCCAGCAAGGCUACCGCUAGCAGUAAAGGGAAGGAGAAGGAUUCAGGCACUGAGGUAGCGGCGAGCAGAGAUUGGGUCGAAUCUGACACUGAUGAACAGCUCAUGCUCUUCAUCCCCUUUCAGUCUACCGUCAAGAUCCACACGCUUCAGGUGACAUCCCUUGCGCCGGCCCCGGAACACCCAGAUUACGAUAAGGAUUCGGACACACCAUCUCGCCCCAAGACAAUCAAAAUCUGGGUCAAUCCACCACACACGUUGUCCUUUGAGGACGGUGAGAGCCCGGCUACGCAGGAAAUUACGCUAAAUCCUUCCGACUGGGACCCCAAGACUGGGACGGUUUCUGUGCCCCUCAAGUAUGUCAAGUUUCAGAGCGUGAGCACGCUCAACAUCUUUUUCGUUGAUGUUGAGAAUGAGGACGCCGAGAAGGUUAGGAUUGAUAGGCUAAGGGUCAUUGGGGAAAAGGGCGAGAAGAAGGAAAUGGGCAAGUUGGAGAAGAUUGGGGAUUUGUCUGGGGAAUGAAUUUUCUUUCUGGAGGGCAUUUCUUUGUUCCACACACGAUUCCAAGGGAGUUUGUGGUGUUAAUUUUCUCUUCAAUUUUUUUUUCGAGUUCCAUUUCUCGUCCUCAAAAUAAAUGAUUGGUCCGUGCAGAGAAAAAAGAGAGGAUGGGGGGAGAGCAAAGUACAGUAUACUCGAGUACGGCGGCAGUGUAAGGGGAGAGUUUGGAAGGAAGAAGUUGCUGCAGUAAAAGGGAAAAAAACAAAAAAACGAGAGACUUGAAAUAAA